UUUGUCGGUUACAUCCUACCCUUCCACGCCAUAAAAUGGGUCGCCGCCUGGUUCGGUGGUGGCUACUACCGCUUCUAGCUGUCGUCCAUGCUGCCUGUCCUGGCUUCAACUACACGAAUUGCAACGGUCAUGGGGUGUGCAGCUCUCUAAACCAAUGCACUUGCGCAUCGGGAUGGACGGGGGUCGACUGCGGAUGGCGCACGUGUCCGUCGGCGUUUCCGUGGGUCGAAGUACCAUCUGCCGCCGACGUCACCCGCGUCACUCGUCGCGAGUGUAGCAACAUGGGAAAGUGCGACCGCGUAUCCGGACAAUGUCAGUGUCGCCCUGGGUUUGGAGGCGCGGCGUGCGACCGCCAGCUGUGUGCGAACGACUGCAGCGGCCACGGCGUGUGCCAGUCGUUGCAAGCGGCAGCCGUCGCCAACGGAGUCACGUACUCGCUGUGGGACGCCGCGCGCAUCGUCGGAUGUUCGUGCGACGCUGGGUACACUGGCUACGACUGCUCGCAGCGGACGUGCCCAGUGGGGGGCGACCCCGUCACAACUCGGCUCGAGGUGCAAGCGAUUUCGUGCCUAUGCACCACGUGCUCGGACGUGUUCACCGUCUCGUUUCAAGGUCAAACCACUGCCCCGAUCGCCGCCAGUGCCAACGCAGUAGCCGUGCAAGCGGCUCUAAAUAGUGUGACCACUGGAGUCACAGUCAUAAUGGACGGAGGCAGUUCCGUCUGCGGCACCACUGGCGUGUCUACCCGCAUCUCGUUUGUCCAUUACGACGGAGCCAUGCCUGCCAUUUCCACCGCCACUUCCAGCAGCGACCUCAUUCUCACCGUGCAGCAUGGGGGGGCCCUUGCGACGUACGGAAGUGCGUUUGCCACGGUGGCGGCAUACAGACAAUCGCUUGAGUGCUCUGGUCGAGGCAAAUGCAACCCUGACACUGGAGCGUGCCAGUGUGAAUUGACCUACACUUCCAGCGAUGGGAUGGGCAACGAAGGUCCCAACUCGGACUGCGGCUAUCGGACGGCCACCAGUGCUGCCCCUUCAUGUCCAGCUGGGAUAUACACGACGGACUUUCUGCUGGGACAAAGCUCGGUGAAAUGCAGUGGCCAUGGGGCUUGUUCUGCGUCGUUUCAAUGCAGUUGCGACAGUGGGUGGACUGGGUUUGAUUGUUCUUCGAGGCAAUGUCCCAAGGGCAGAGCUUGGUUUAACCCACCCACGGCCGUCGACACCGCGCACGACACGCUGGUCGAGUGCUCCAACGUGGGCCUUUGUGACCGGGCCAUUGGAAUGUGUCGAUGCGAUCCUCUGUUCGAAGGCCCAGCUUGCAACCGAUUGACAUGUCCUAACCAGUGCUCCCACCGUGGAAAGUGCGCCUCCCUCCGCCAGCUCGCGGCCCGGCAAGAGGCCAACGGCGUGAUCCUCCCACCUUCGGUUUAUGGCUCCAACCCGAACGCGAUCUCAACGUGGGACGCCGACACCAUCUUUGGGUGUCAGUGCGGCAAAGUACCCGAUUUUGACAUGACUCCACCCUCACUUGUCACAGGCGCUGACGCUGUUUGGCGACGCCCCACGGUUUACUGCGUAUGACUGUUCGGAAUGUAAGGACAACUUGAAGGUAUCCGCGACACGAACGAAUGGGUGGAUUGCGUAGUGCCUUGCCCAAAAGGAGACGAUCCUUGGACGCUCAAUCAAGCGAAUGAAGUACAAGCAAUAUCAUGUACUGCGGAUGGCGGACUUGUCUCCAUAUCGUUCCGAGAUUUCUCCACCAACAUGCUUCCGUUUAAUGCAGCCGCAUCUCGAGUCCAGCAAGCCCUUGAGUCGCUUCCAUCCAUCGGCCGAGUGAGUGUGACCAUGACUGCUGGGGUCCUAUGUUCUCUUGCAUCGCCCAGUACGAUGUACCUACUGCCACGUACUAGUAUUUUGUUUUGACAAGCUGUAGCAACGACGGUGUCGUUCGUGACAAACUCCGGAGCUCUGCCCUACUUAGUCGUGGACCAGUCGAAGCUGACAUCCUCUGGGACGAGUGUUGCAGUGUCGGUGACUCGCACAACUACAGGAACUACUGAGAAUGUCGAGUGCAAUGGUCGCGGCUCCUGCGAUGGGUCUACCGGUCAGUGCCGAUGUGCCUUGGGCUACGCUACCAGCGAUGGACAGGGUGGGAUCGGGAUCGUUGCUGACUGCGGGUACACGGACCCCUUCAUGACGCAAGGCGAGUUUUAAUAAUAAACCAUGGGAAUAUCCAUUAGUACUACUAAUAGUACGUACUACUUCCG